AGAGGGUGUGCAACGCCGAGCGAAAGGGGACAUCGAGGCAGAUGCUAUAAAGAGUGGUAUGCGGACAAUUGUGUUCUUCAAUGCCCAUCUCUCUCGUUAAGAAAACAAGGUCUGUGUGCCUCGACCAACUGUAUGCUGUCCUGAUCCCAUUUCAGAAUGAGAAUGCGUACCACCACGAAAUGCGUUGUCUUAGUUGCCCUGGUGUCCCUCUGCCUUCUCUUCAUUCGUAUGCUGAACAAGCCAGACAAAGUGGUGGGAAUCUGGAAUAGAGGAGCCCCUGAGGACAUCCUUCAAAACACUCUUUUGCAGCCAUCUGAGAAAUUGGCUCACAUACCAUUGAAGUGGAAAGAUGACAUUUUACAGCUUCUUCCAAAGAACAGCUGCAAGUGUGAGGUCGAACCAACUAUGGACAUUCCUUUUAGGAAAGAACUCUUUGGCAAACCCUUUGCAGUCAACUUUACUUCAUCUUUGGAUCCGUCAUUGCUAGAUAAAACCUACAAGAUAAGAGAGAAAGAAUACCAAAAAUUUAAGAUGAGGUCUCAUCAUCCAAUGGACAAACUUAUUAUAGCAAAAGCUAAUUCUCCACUGGAGUAUCCAAUUCAGGGGGUGGAGGUCCAACCACUGAAAACCAUACUUAUACCAGGUCUAAGUUUACAGGAUACCCUUAGAAAAGUUUACAAGGUGAGCCUUUCAUCCACCAUUGGGACAUUUGACACUGUUGCAGAAGUAGAAGGUGUAACAGUUAAAGGAAUAGGAGAAAAGCAUAUCACAUUAUCUAGCCCUCAUAUGGACAACCUCAAUCGACAGCUCCAGUUAAUCACAUAUACGAACACAGCAUUCCACCCCAAUACAGCAGACACAGUGCAGUUCCAGACAAAUGAGCACACAGCAAUGUUUAACAUCAAGGUCCGCCACCCCACCAUGCCGAAACUAUACAACCCAGGCUCCAUUGACUCCAGCUACAACAUCAGCGCCCUUGUCACCAUUGCAACCAAGACAUUCCUCCGCUAUGAUAAGUUACAGAACUUAAUAGACAGCAUCAGGAAAUCUUAUCCUACUGUGAAAAUUAUAAUUGCGGAUGACAGUGAAACACCUCAGAAGGUUGAAGGACCCUUUAUUGAACAGUACAUAAUGCCGUUUGGGAAGGGGUGGUUUGCGGGGAGAAACCUAGCCGUAUCCCAGGUUUCUACAAAGUACUUCUUGUGGGUUGAUGAUGACUUCAUAUUUGGUCCUCGCACAAACAUCGAGAAGUUGGUGGAUGUUCUAGAGAAGACGACAUUGGAUUUAGUUGGUGGUGCAGUACGAGAGGUCACAGGAUAUUAUACUACUUACCGACAAAAGAUUAAUGUCAUGCCUGGUGGAAAGACUGGGGAUUGUCUCAUGACUCAACAAGGAUAUCAUCACCUUAUUGAGGGCUUUCCGAACUGUGUGGUAACAGAUGGUGUUGUGAACUUCUUCCUAGCACGAACAGAAAAGGUUUUAGAAGUUGGCUUCGACCCAAAAUUGUCUAGGACUGGUCAUUUAGAAUUCUUCAUAGAUGGGCUGGGAAAACUGCAUGUUGGUUCCUGUGAUAAUGUUAUUGUGGAGCAUGCUUCUAAAAUCCAUUUGUCAUGGUCCAAGACCGAAGUGGAUAAACAGUAUGACAAAUUUCGCUACCCCAAAUCUUCUGAUCAUAGUAAGAACAUUAAGCACCAUCUGUAUUAUUUUAAAAACCGUUUACAAUGCAUGACUGGCAACUGAAAGAAGAACAGAAAUCAGACGGGAAGAGUAUACAAGACAUAAUGUAUUUUACCGUAUGAAGCCCCAAACAAAACAUGUUUAGGUCAUCAAAUGAUUACAAGCAGCGGGCAUCACUGAACUAUAUUCUGUGCAAUAUUUGUGCAGACUUUAUAUUAAUUUAUAUUGACACAAAUUAAGUAAUUGUGCGUGGAUAUGCUCUGUAUCCAAAAAAGAUGAAAAAUCAAAUGCCUGCAUAGAGCUGGUUCUCGUUUCACCACUGGAACUGGAUCGUGUAACA